CAUGGAAGAAAUACUGCAGAAUUACAUGAAUGGAACAAACAUGAAGUACCAACAGUGUUAUGUAAGAGUUGGAGUGUUUACUCCACAUUUCUCAACUUUUGGGGGAAAGGCCCUCAAUGAUUAUUAACUGGUUCUGAUCUUAACUGAACUCUUUGCUCUGCUUUGGACUGAAUUCCUGACAAAAUGUGUGUGAGAUAUCUCGGAUUUGUUCUUUUGGUUUGGUUUCCAGGGGUGCUGCAUGCACAAAGGGCAGAUAACUCUUGUUCUGCUCCCCGCCUGAAUGAUGGUUAUUUUGUCCCCAACAACGAAACAUAUGCUCAUGGAGUCAAGCUCACUUAUGCCUGUGAAAAGGGAAAUAAACCAGUAGUGGCUGGUCGUUGGUGGGCAACAAGCACCUGUCAAAAUGGCACAUGGUUUCAUGAACCAAAAUGUAUAGACGAAGAAGACUGCAUUACACCAGAGAUACCCAAUGCAAAUUACACAACAAGCCCAGAAGUUUGGUAUCAGGAUGGACACGUAUUUAGGGUAACAUGUAAUGAAGGAUAUGAACCCAAAAACCGGGCUGCUACAACCAGAUGUAAUAAAGGACGAUGGACCUCUGUGCUAGUCUGUGAGAAACGUUACGAUUCCUGUGGUGAGCCCCCUCGAAUCCCCCAUGCUGUCAUCAAGCAUGAAUACAAGGAGGUGUUUGCUGCAGAUACACAAGUGUACUAUGAAUGUGAAGAUGGAUAUACUGUAGAGAGAGCAGAAGACACAAAAUCCAUCUUUUGUGUGCAUGGAAACUGGACUGACAGUCCAACAUGCAGGCAAGGGACGGGAUCAGAUCCUGGACAUGAUGUUUCUGCAGAGGUGGAAACAGUCGGGGGGGACACUACAAAUGCUGGCAGUGAAACACAACCUGGGGAUGGAUCUUCAACCAACUGUGGAUUGAAUGAACAUGAACUCACUACAAUCAACAGAUGUGGAAGCCUUCCUGUGGUUCGUGAUGGAGUUGUUGUGGAAACUGAUCGAAUGUUUGUGAAAUACAAAUGCAGUAGAUACUACGCCUUAGUGGGUCCACAGACAGUGUCGUGUUACAGCGAUGGCACGUGGUCAGAAGUGCCAACCUGCAAAGCUGCCUUCUGUUCUGUGGACACUGAUAAAGUUUCUCGGUUAAAACCUGUUGGAGUUAAAUUCAUAGAAGAGGGCGAGACUGUGAGAUUGGAAUGUAAGGAUGAGCAUUGGUUCGAUAAUUUUUCUAAGGUCCAGUGCACUAAUGGAAAAAUACAGCUGUCCCGAUGUUGUAACAGGGCUCAACUGAGCACGAACACUUGCUAAGGCUGAAUCAUAAAGAGGAAGAUACUGCUGCCGUUGGAUUCGCUCACCACCGACUGAAAACAAAUGCCAGCCUGGAAUCUUUUGAGAGACGUUAUGAUUAUGCUGUCAAACCAUUUCUGUCUUUUCAUAUUGAUCUAUGAAUGGCUGUAUAAUGUAGGAGCAAAGUGUUUGUAUGCUCAAAGUAGCAAUAAUAACUAUAAAUGCGAUAAAUGUGGUGUAUUUGAUGGACUGGCCUGAAUAAAGUCUUCAACUGUAAAUUUCAACUCUAAA